AUGCUCCGCUUGACUGUUUUACCAAAACUCGCACGCGGCUACGCUUCAGCUGCUCCAAAAUUCUCAACCGGAAUUGAACAUGCUGAAACGAUGAAGAAAGCAGGAGGAGGAAAGCCUGAUUGGGCCCUUUACAAGUGUGACGAUUAUCUUAAGAUGAACAAAUAUUCUUAUUAUGACUCUGAAAUUACCAUGGCUAAGGAUCGUGUCCCACAGCCCACAAAUAAGAAGCCCGAUGUUCUGCCCAAGACCAAUUAUUCUACAAUGAGCUUGGAGGAGGAAUCGAGUAUCCGUCAGUUAUUUUCCGCUAAUGACGAAACUAUCAUAAGCGUUUUUAAAAGCUUUGUGUCCAAGCAUAGCGACGAAAAGGAUUUCAGUCAUUUGGAUUAUUUUGCUCGAAAAGCUUUGUCUGAUCUCAUCCAGUUUCUCUAUGAAACUAGAAGAGGAAACGCUGUUGUUGCUGCUGAAAUUCUGAAUGCUCUUCGGCUGAUUGCGAGGGACAAAAAUCAUCUCGAAGUUAUAUUCUCGCAUGAUGGUGUUGGAGAUUUUGUAGUUUUUUGGACAUUCGAUCAUCCUUUACCCAGUCCUCUACCCAACGAAAUACCCGUUGGUUUGAUUGAAGCCUUGUCUUGUUUGGUGAAUGCAAGUUUUCACAGUCAGACUAUGCUGCAAUUACUGAGUGCUUAUCCUCAAGAAAGAAUUUUCAAAAGGUUCAAUGAAUUGGCAACUGCAGUUGAAACGAAAGCAGUUUACCGUAAACCUCUGAUUAUGAUGAUCAGAAUUUUGUUUUUGAUAACUGCUCAAUCUCAAUCUAUACGGAAAACAUGGUGUACGCAAGAGUUCCAUUCGGGCUCUGUCGAACAUGUCCUUCAAUAUUUCAAGAAGACAAAGCUGCAGAAAUUUGAUAAGGAAGAUGGAGAUCUCUUCGUAGAAUAUUCGAAGUUCCUUUUUAAUCUGAUAAGCAAAACGCCGACGACGAAAGAAAAAGAAGCUGAGUUAAUCGACACCUUCCGCACAAUCGUUUGCUCUGCAGCCGGAAACGAUCACGAAGUCGUACAGCAAAUGUGCAAUUUGUGUACCGUCCUUGGGGUGUUUGAGAACAAUUUAACGAUUCCACAAGAGGAGUCAUCGUUAAUUAAGAAAGAAGUGUUUGGUGGCUUCGAAAUGACACCGAUUAAGAGAGCUAUUCAAUUGCUUGAACAACAAAUUGAUUCGUCUGAUUUCGAUCAAGCUGGAGUUGUCAUAACUUUCCUGCUCCUCUACUGUGUCGCUUCAGCUAACAUUAGGCGAUAUGCUCGUUUACAGAUACUUCCACCUCUACGAGAAAUUGAUGUCACACGAAGACCCGAAGAAGGUGAAACGAUGAGAAAUAAAUUAGUUCGAUUGAUGAUGAACGUUCACAACAUUAAUCAACUCGCUAGCGAAUUAAUGUUUGUGUUGUGUAAACGAUCAGUGCCUCGAAUGAUUAAAUACACAGGCUUCGGGCAUUCUGCUGGGCUUCUGGCCAAUUCGGGACUUUUGGGACUUAUUAAUAGCAAACAGAGUGAUGAGAAUAGCGAAGAUUCAGAAACAGAAGACUAUGCUGCUGUUGAAGACAAAAUCAAUCCCGUAACUGGACACAUAAAGGAAGACAUCCCACUUGUGUUUGAUGACAUGACUGAAGAACAGAAAGAAUACGAGUCUAUGAAACUUGUGGAAGCUAUGAACAAGCUGAUGGAUGCAGGAGUCAUCAAACCAGGGACUGUUGGUGACGAUGGUAAAGUUCGAGCAGUAAAUCAUAUACUCGAAUUGACUAAGAAUAUAAAAUUAGACAACUCAGGAACAGACUCAGAUUCCGAUUGA